CUCGACUAGAAGCGUAGCUAUUAUUUUUCCUGUGUUUUGAGUCAAACAAAAUUGAUUUGUUAUUAAAAACGUGACAACAAUGGAUUACUCAAAGCAAUUGUUCAUAAGGCCAAUUAAUCAACCAACAAAAUUGCCGCAUAUUUUGGCCAAUUUAACGCCAUUAAAGUCGAGAAUGAAACGAAUGCAACGAUCGACAUCGAAUAAUAUUGAGCAGGAAAAACGUAAUGGACUUGACCAUGAAAAUGAAUCCACAAACAAUGCAGAUUCAAGAAAGUUAAAAAAGAAUAAGUUGAUCGUAGAGAGUAGCAGGCAAUUCAAGGAGAUUGAUAAUGCGGAUGAUCAAUUACAUCAAUAUAAUCGAUUAGAUCAGUCAGAUUGUGGUCUAAACAAGUCUGACAGAAAACGAGAGAAUUGUGUUUUGCAUAUGAACUACAAUGGACAACUGGCGGCAUUGGUCUGUAAGGUGCGCACAAAUGAUUUGCCGGCAUUGAAGCAUCGAUUGUCACCGCUGUUGCGUCAACAUAAAUCACGUUUUCGUAAUGUCCUGGUCGAACGUAAUCUGUUCAAGCAAACUGGGCUUAUACAUGCCCUUAUGACCUGUGCAACUACAGGCGACUUUGCGGACUUGGAACAGGCGCUGCAAUGCGAUGCAUUGCGCUGCAAGGCUCAAGGCUGCAAGAUAGUCAGCAUUGAGAAGGGAACGCUAUGCUUUAAUUGCCAACCGGCGGAUAUACCAAAGGUAUUAGCCAGGCUAAAGCUAUGCGGCUAUAAGCCACUUCACACUGAAGUUGGCCAUUGCUCGAGGGAAACGCCAGUGAAGCUAACUGCGGGGCAACUGCAGCGUUAUGGGGAGUUCCUCAAGGCCCUCCAUGCGGACACGGACAUUGUGAAGGUCUAUGACAAUGUGGAGAACUCGACGCUGCACGGCUAAGCAGUCAGUAGCCAGAAGACGGAAGAAUUGGCAGCCGGCAGAUUUAUGCUUGUUCCCUGGUCUUGUAUCCAUUUGCUCGACUACUUGUUUAUGCAAUGCGCACUCUUCUUCGGCAUCGUCCGAACAGUUUUGCCAUGAUUUACACAUUCUUGAUCUUUAUCACAACAAUGACACUGCUAAGCCACCAGAAAUUCUCAGCCAAAAGGAUGCAAUAUACUCAACAGUUUGUUUGUAUCUCUUUCU